UACUAAACAGAGAAUUUUUUCUAUACUUAUUUUUUUUUUUUGAAUAUUAUUUUUGUUAAUUCAUGUAUUUAAAUUUCAAUAUCAUAAGUAUUUUCUGUUUUAAAUUUAAAAGAGCUCAAAAUGUCUUUAAAAGGUGCUAAAUUGAUUUGGACAAAUAAGAAAGAAAAAUCGGAAAAAGUUAUCCACCUAAAAAAUAAAAAAAAUUUUAAAUUUGGGUAUUAUAUGACGAAUGAUUUUAUAUUAAAUAAUCCUCAGGCUAAGCCAGUACAUUGUGAAAUAAUUGCGGAUGCUUUCAAUAGAAUUAGCAUUAUAAAUAACAGUCGGCAAAACCCAAUAUCCUUAAAUGGUUUUCGAGUAAAAACCCGACGUCCAUUACUUCAUGGAAGUAAAAUAAAAAUUUUCGAUGAUGAAUUUGUAUGGCAAUUUCCAAGAAAUGGAAAAGUUAAAUCCAGAGAGCUGACGACUGAAAGUAAAAAUAGGGUUGAAGAGGAGAAAAAAACACCAGAGAAGAAUCAACAAGAAAAUAUCCCUGCUCCUAUUUCAGAGCCAUGGAAAAAGAAGCAUAAACUAAGAAUAAAAGAACGAUUAUCAGCGCACAGGUAAUUAGUUAG